CUGGCAUUUCUGACCGAUCCAACUGCAAUGGCGUGCGUCCUGCGCUGCGCGGACCUCGUCCGCGCCAUCGUGGCCUAUCAGAGCGGCGCCUACGGCGACGUGCGACCACUGCUCCGCCUCCUAUACAGCGUCCGCUUGCCGCGGCCAGCGGCGCUGAGCCUGCUUACCUACGCUCGCGACCUCCGGGCGGCCUACGCAUCCUUCCACGACGCGUUUGUCCGCAUAGACGGCGACUGGCGACGGCUCGCGGCGACACCCAAGGCCAGCGACGCCAUGAUGUACUAUGCAAUUGUCUUUGGCAACGUCGCCAUACUUCGGCAUCGCGAUGCUUCAGGCGCGCCUUUCUUGACGCCUCUGGACGAUACGGCCCACGAAGACGCGCAACUCGAGUACCUUCGCAUUGCCUUGGACCCGUCGAGAGAUCGGCGCGGGCGGUCGCAACGCACGAACGACCCGUCGCUGGUGCGCGCUCGCCUGAGCAUGCGGUCGAUUGAGCUGGCGUGCGUUGGCGGCCACCUCGACGUCAUCGAGUACCUGCACCAGAACGACGCUGGCUGCGUCCAGAUGCACCUCUGGGGCAAGAUGGUGGCCGAGGCCACCGCCGCGGCGGGCCAUGUGUCUGUGCUGCGCUACUUUCACGACCACGGCUACGAAGGCGCAACGCGCACCGCCAUCAACGCGGCGGCGCGCUACGGGCAUCUGCCCGUGAUCGAGUACCUCGUCGAGACGUGUGGCCUCUGGUCUGACAACGCUAUUGAGUGGGCGGCCCACUACCGCCACACGGACCUCAUCCGCUCUCUCGCUGCGCGUAGCAAUCAUCGGCACGUCCAGGCUGCGCUUCAUGCGGCGGUCGACCGCGGCGACAUUAGGAUUGUGCGCGCGCUCCGCGAGGUGCGACCAGACGUGGGCGUCCUGUGGUCCAUGCUGCAUGCGCUGGUGCACCACCACAUCAACCUCUUUUGCAACGACAUGUGAGUUGGUCUAUAGUAGAUAAUAGCGCAUGUAGUUAUUAAGUUAUUAUUCGAGUGUACUCUCACUGGA